UUACCUCUCCACGUCAUACACGUGUCGUAUACAAACAAAUAAAAAUUUUAAAGUAAUUUUAUUGACAUCAAUUAAAUACAAAUGAAUGCACAAAAUAGAUCUUGGAAUAACGUUAUAAUUUUAUUUUAUUAAUUAUGUAUUAAUAUCAUCAACGCAUUAUUGUGCAACAACCGAUUAGCAUUGUUUCAACUUUAACAAAAGUCUUCAGCAAAUUAACAAGUCGCAAUUCGAGCUCUUUCUAGAGAAAGAAAGUGAAAAUGACUGAAAUGAAUGAAACUGAAUUGCCAAAGCCGUCGGUUCCCGAGCUCUCCGUCACUCUAAACAGAUUCUUGGAAGGAAUCAGAGCAAUUGUUCCCGGUGACAAAUACGAGGAAGCUCGAAGAUUGGUCGAAGAUUAUAAAAAGUCGGAAGAAAUGCAAAAGCUGCAGGAGUUCUUGAAGGAAUAUGCAGAAAGCCAUGAAAAUUACGUGACCGAAUUCUGGCUGAAAGAAACUUUGAAAAAUCCUUUGCCUCUCCCCAUCAACUCCAGUCCGUUCUUCCUUCUGCCGAAGCGGAUAUUCAAUACGGAUGACGAAAGAUUUCGAUUUAUAGCGAGAUUUAUCCUCUUCUCUCUUAAUUUCAACAAAAGAGUUGACAGAUGCGAAUUAAAACAUGAAUUUGCUGGGGGACAGGAGAAAAAGAAUGCACUUUCCAUGGCCACGUAUCGUCACUUCUUCACGGCUUACAGGAGACCAGGCGCGAUUAAAGACGAACACAUUUUUAGUGAAGGCGGCAGAUAUUUCAUUGUGGUCUGCAACAAUCAGUUAUUUCAAGUAAAGGUGACUCCCUUUAUAGACAGUAAUCCAAGUGAAAACGUUCUCAUAAAAGAGCUCAAGAAAAUAGAAGCGUUAAGUAAGCAGGUGCCACACUACCCGCCAGUGGGAAUUCUCACAGCUCUCAACCGAAAAGAAUGGGCGAGGAUAAGAGAACAAAUGAUCGAAGAUGAUAAUAAUAAAGAAUCCAUUCGGAUUAUUGAAAAUUGUCUGUUUGUGGUGUGCAUGGACGAAUCGAUCGAAGAUCUGAGGAAAGACACAAAAUCGAAAAGUUAUUACUUCGAAGAUUUGGCUCACCACAUCAUUCACGGCAAAAAAAGCGAACAUUCCACCGGUAACAGAUGGUUCGAUAAAUUUAUUCAGUUUAUCGUGACCAAAAAUGGUGUAAAUGGAAUCGUAAUCGAACGUUCGGUGUCGGAAGGGAUUGAGGUUUUAAAAUUCUGUGAAGAAUUCCUGGAUUUCGUAAAAAAUGACACUCAGUUGAGUGUCAUACGACAUUCAGACGAUAAUCGUACGGCAGUUAGAAGACUUAAGUGGAAUAUCAGCGAAUCUCUGGCAGAAGAGAUCAAAAAUGCAUCGGCCGUCACAGACGCAAUGAUCGACACGUUAGAACUUAAUGUUUUUAGUUUCAUCGAUUACGGCAAAAGAUUUUCGGAGAAACACGAAAUCAAUCCGGAUGUGUUCAUUCUGUUGUCUUUGCAGUUGACGUACUUCAGAACGCAUGGCAAAGUGACAGCCACUUACGAAAGUGGAGCUUUGAGAAAAUUCAGAUUCGGUCGCGUCGACAACAUCCGCGCUUCCAGCCAAGAGGCUUUGGAAUUCUCAAAGUCCGUGUUAGAUCCUUCCCUGAGUCAGGCUGAAAAAUGGGAGAAAUUUCAAAAAGCCGUGAAGAAGCAAACCGAAAUUCUUCUCUACACAAUCAACGGAGAAGGACCGGAUAACCAUCUUUUGUGCCUAAAGGAAAUGGCUGCUCUACACGGCUUAGAAGAACCGGCACUUUAUCAAACAGAUUAUUACAAAGAGUUCUUGAAUUUCCGCUUAUCCACCAGUCAGCUUCCCACGACCUACGACAUCGUAGUUGGAUACGGUCCCGUAGUGCCCGACGGAUACGGAUGUUCGUACAAUCCACAGGAGAAUCGUAUCGUCUUUUGCAUUUCGUCGUUCAAAAACGCCUCGACGGACUCGGAAAAAUUUGCACAAAAUUUGCACGUGAGCUUGAUUGAGUUGAAGGAGCUUUGUGAGAGUGGGAAGACUGCAGUUUCCACCAGCUCACCGACAAAGGCUGCAGUUAAAGCUGAAGCAAAGAAAUAAAAUAAAUAAAAAUAUUAGUCCGAAUCGGCCAAUUGCACGUUUUCGGUUUAAGCUGCAGAAUUUCGAGUUCAAAAUUGUUUAAUAAUGGUAAAAAUUGAUUUAAUAAAUUUUACGAAAUCGUUUUUUGUUCGUC